CAUCACCAUCAUCAGCAGCUGCGAUGCUGUCCUCCUUCCUCCUCCUCGUCUUCCUCCCUCCCUGUCUGGGGUGUCAGACCAGCUCGUUCACCGAGUGUCAGAAGGUUCCCUUCGUGCCAGGUCACAAUCUGGUCGGCGAGGGUUUCGAUGUGGUGAAGCUGCAGACCAGCGGGGCCCUUGUGAUCAACAUGAAGGACUACAUGGUGGGGGGCGCUCAGGGGAACUGCACCGUCUGCUACAACCGCCUCCUCAACCAGACCCAGAAGCUGCCCGUUUCAGUGCUCGACUGGCGCAUCAAGGUGCAGUGCCAGCACAGCCUCAGCAGCAAGCUCUUUGAAUCCAGCCAGUCAGUGAUGAAGGAGAGGAGUUCAUCUCUAGGAGUCAGCUGGAAGGUGGGCCUCGGCAUUAAGGGAAUUGCUGGCUUUGCCAUCGGAGGAUCACACUCCAUGUCAUCAACGUUUGCAGAGUCUCGCAGCCGGAGUGAUAAGUUCAGCUUCACUAGCCACGAAUUCAAAUGCAAAUACUACACCUUCCGUCUUCACUCUCAUCCCCCACUGAGCAAAGAGUUUGAGGUCUCCCUGAUGAACCUUCCCUCCACCUAUGAUCACAAAAACACCUCCGCCUUUCGUCAGUUCAUCUCCAUCUAUGGGACCCACUUUAUCCGCAGAGUUCAACUUGGGGGUCGGGUUCACUCCAUGACCGCAAUCCGAACCUGCCAAACCUCCAUGUCUGGACUGUCAAUCCAGGCUGUCAGCACCUGUCUGUCCGCCGAAGCCAGCGCAACCAUUAAGGGCAUCUCUGUUCACGCCUCCAGUGAGUUCUGCCGCCGGAAGAGCAAGAGCCUUAAAACCGCUUCAACCUUCAGUGCGGCCUUCUCCGACAGGAAGACCAAGGUGCUGGGCGGAGAUGGGGGUAUAACGGACAUCCUGUUCAAUCCCAAAGGGUCUGAAGGGUAUAAGAAAUGGCUUGCUUCUCUGAAGAGUGUCCCAGGAGUGGUUUCCUACCAGAUCAGCCCUCUGCACUUAUUGAUAAGAGACAAUCCCAUCCUAAAGGCCAGCCUGCGAGACGCCAUCAGCGACUACAUUCGCACAAGCGCCAAGCCGCUCCACUGCCCGGCCAACUGCAAGAUUGGCCACCGGAAGCAGAACUGUGCGUGCCAGUGCCAAGGUCAUCGAAUGGUUGACUCCAAUUGCUGUCCUGCCGCGGCAGGUGUAGCUCAGAUGAACGUGACGGUGGUCCGAGCUGAGGCACUGUGGGGCGACUAUUUCAGCAAGACAGACGGAUAUGUUAAAGUCUUCUACAACAAGCAAGGAGGCACGACGCCGGUGAUCUGGAACAACAACUUCCCCCAAUGGAACUCCCUUUUUACUUUUGGAAGCAUCAACCUAAAAGAACGAAAACCCGUUGUUUUCGAGGUCUGGGAUCGGGACAGCAUCUGGGACGAUGACCUGCUGGGGAAAGUUUCUGUCAUCCCCACGAUGGGUCGAAACAUCAACAAGAAGUUCAAGCUGAAGCACGGCUCAGUGCUGGUCCGCCUGUCUGUUGUGUGCGGUCCCAGCCUGGAGGGGUCGCUGUGCGAGCGCUACAUCCCCUCGCCUACCUAUGAGGACGUGAUGGGAUAUGUGAAGAACCACCAGGGUAACUGAAACUGGAGGAAAAAGCAGUACAUGGAUUACAAAAUAAUUUGAUAAAAUCCAAGCAGGCAUGAAACAUUGAUGUUAUCUCAAAACUGGUCGCCAACACCAAACCACAGAUGGAACAAAACUUUUGAUUUGGUCAUUCUAAUGUAGAAACAAAAUGCAUGUUUCUGUCUAUUUAAACCCAAUACAAUUUGAUUGAUCAGUAAUUUGGCCACAAAAAGCCAUCACAGACAGAUCAGUAUCAUCAGAGGCAAAGACUUUAAAACCAGUUAUGGUUAUGUAUGAGUAAAAUGUCUCAUUUGUAUGGUGAAUUUAACAUAUCUGGACUGUCACAGGAAUCACCCUCUGUCCCCUAUAUCAUUGAUAUUAAACCCGUUAUAUGACCUAAGCAGUGUGUAGUCUGUCAGAUCACUGGGAGGACAAACAUCCCCCAAAGGUUGGAAUUUUGAGUCGUCCCCGCUGCUCAAUUCUCUCAAUCAAGAAGGUUUAAAUUAAAAAACAACAACUUGAACACAUAUUUCCUGUUGUUAGAAAGUCCAAGAAGGACAUUCAGCAGACAUUAAAUAAAAACAUCAGAUCAGAAUCAGAAGGCAGAGAAGGAUGUCCAGAAGGCACUCAAGAAAAACCUAUAGCAACAUUCAUGAAGGACAUCAAGCUAUGUUCAAGGUGGACAUUCAAGCAGGAUGUCCAGGACGUAACAUCUUAAACAUCUGCCCAGUUUUCAUUUUGGAACCAACAUCAGACACAGAGAAAAGAUUAGCUGAUGGUUGCUGAACAUCAAAAUGUUUGCUGUUUGGGAAUCUUCAGCUACUGUUACGUUUGUAAUCACAAUUUCCUCUGCGUAGCAUCCAGAUGUUAAACCUCUCAAACGUCUCCAAAGCAGAGUGAGCUCACAUCAUGGAAACUUACCAGCAGGUUGGUGUAAAAUGACCCGAACACCAACAAAAACUUCAAAUCAAAAUGAGCUUCAUCGUUAUCGAUAUAACCCAGCAAACAACAGCUGCUUCUCUUGCUGUCUAGUCUGGGUUGAAAAAGAGUUCCAAAAUGAAAAUUGUGCUGAUGACAAAGAAGGAAUUUCACCAUCUGCUGGACAUCAAAUAACCUUUGACCUGUGACAGUCCAGACAUGGUCAGUUUACCAUGGCAACAAGUAGGAUAGAAUUUAGAUGUAAGGUAAGCUUAAUAUCCUCAAAGUGUGGUUUAAAUAUAAAAACAGGUUCUGAUCACAAUCAUUUCAAAAACAAGUGUGGAAACAGAGUCACCAUGUGUCCAUCUGUGCUUCGGUUCUCGCAGUGAUACAGAGACCAGUUUUUACUGGGACGAUACAUCGCUUUUUUCCACCAUGUUUGCUGGGAAGCUUCACGCAGUUGGAGCCUCAGGCCGAUAUUUGGUGGAUUUCCUUUGGUUAUAAUUGGUUUUAUGAAUCAGCUGCAUAAGUAAAACCUUCUAAAUGUGCAGAAAGUUUUUUAGCCUUUGAAUGACUGACAGAAGUACAUGAUGGAGUAUUUUACAGAGUGUUUACUCCACUUUAAAGCUCACAGAGCUCAAACAGUGAUGACAGAUGUAAUGAAAUGGUGAAUAUUUCAGCCGCUGUCAGCAGUCCUGACUGUUAAACAGUCCGAACACACACUGCUGACAGUGUGACACACACAGGCUGCGGUAAACUGUCGGUUACUCACUGCUGAGGCUGAAGACUCCUCAGCAGAACAGGAACAAAGACAAAUUCAACAUGUUUGCAGUAACUGUGUAGUAUGUCACGAAUAAAUGACAAUGAUUGAUCAGCUGAAAUUGGACCAACCUGUCAUUUAUGAAUUUAGGGGUCUGUUUGUCAGUUAUGUUCGAGAUUAGAGACCUGCAGGAACAAAACCCACACCCACUGGCCAAUCAGAUGUCUGGAAAGUAGCGUCCCCCUUCCUGGAAGAUCCCUCAGACCUCACAGUGCUGACAGAAGCUUUCAGUCUGUCUUUAUCUGAUAAGCAUCAGAACUAUAGAUUAGGAGAAACUUUAUUUCUGCUUUUUUCUGUUGGCUGCCAUUUUUAACUGUUUUAAUCUUCUGUAAGUCCUGAUAUUUGACCCUGAGCAGGACAUUUAUUUGUUUUUUCUGAGCUCGUAUUAAAUUUCUA